AACAAAUGUCAAAAGCACAUUGCAGAAGUUUUGCAUGUUUCUCACUUUCUCAGUCAUCUCUAAAGUUUUUGAAUAUUACGAUAAAAUAGCAACUUCUACCUAAUUAAUAUUUAUUACUAAAACAAUGGUUAUUCCUUUAAAUCCCCUAUACCUAGCUAAUUUCGAUGAUCACAACGAGUCAGAUGAAAUAUCGGGAAAACUAAAAGCAGGACUAUCAUCAGUUGAAAAUACCGAUCUAUGUAGACAGAUAUUCGCUACUGGUUUCGAGAAUGAAGAGUUGACUAAGUUAAUAAAAGGAUAUGUCGAAGAUAAUAAGACAAUUACUGAAGUAUUUCACUUGGCGACAUGUGCGUUUCUGAAAUUUAUGGACAUAAACUGGAAUCCACAUCCAGAAGCUCUCAAUGUUAAUGAGUUUUUUGGUGUGGAAUGGCCCGCAGUGGUAGAAGCAGCCACUUUGCUACAGCGUGAUUCUGAACCCUUGUAUGUCAAUAUUCUUUUUCCAGAGCUGCUAUUAUUUUCAUCGCAGAUUUUCACAGUGCUGCAUAGCAUAGAAUCUAAUGUGCUAUUCUUAUGGUGGAACCUGAGAUGUAAAGUGUCUCACCAGUGCGCUCUAGAAGAUGCGAGUGCAACAAUAUACUCUGAGCUGGAAGUCCUCAUUGCCAAGUUGUCUAAUGAGCUGCAAAACUCAGAGCUGUUUGUCAGCAAGCCUCGGUUGAAGCUACUAGCAUGUACGGAGAUAUGUCAGGCUUAUCUUCUGUAUGGGAGGGUUCAGAAAGCGGAGGAGUACUUGACGAAAGGCAGAGAGCUAGCUGGCCUGAAGCUAGAGUUAACAGGUAUCCUCGGUAAGAGGACCAAGUACCAGCAGAAUGCACUGCCUCAGUUGGCCCUGUCAAGUGCACUGGACAGCAAUGUGGAGCGGCCGUCAGCCGAGGACAGCCACGGUUCCUCGGAGCUCCCACCGGACCUCGAGUUGGAUGAUGACUUGCGCCUCAACAAGAUACAGUACAAUGAAAAGAUUAGUCAAGCUGAGCUGCCUAGCUUGGAGCAGACUUUGUGUUUGCUAACUGUGCAAUACAUCCAGAAGUCCCAACCAAAAGACGACCUGAUGCGCGAGGAGCUACAGCCAUACAUCGACGCGGUGCUGUCACAGAAGAGCGGGGCGUGGAGCACUCGCGUCGCCACUCUGCUGAUACGGUGCCAGCUGGAGGCCACACACAAGAGGACCGUGGAGCGAGCCAUGCUGCAGUGCGAAGCUAUCGUCAAUGAUAAGACGGGGGUGUCUUCUACUACCAGACUAUCCUACCUCUGGGCCUCCGGCCUGCCCCCCAGCUGGGGCUGGCGGCAGCAGCUGGCGGACCUGUGCCUGAGCCUGGGGCUCACCAAGGCCGCGCUGGAGCAGUACCGCGCGCUGUGUCUGUGGGAGGACGUCAUCGUGUGUUAUACCAUGCUGCAGCUGAGGCAUAAGGCGGCAGAAGUGAUCCAACAGCAGAUAGAUAUCAAACCAACAGUCAAACUUUACUGCCUUCUUGGCGAUGCCACAGACGACAUCACCUGCUACGAGCGAGCCUGGCAGUUCUCUAACCAGCGCAGCAGCCGUGCGCAGCGGCACUGGGGGAAUUACCUGUUUGACCGCAAGCAGUAUACGGAAUGCAUACCCCACUUCCAGAAGUCUUUGGAGAUUAAUUCUAUACAAGAGAGGGUGUGGUUGCGAUUGGGCUACGCAGCACUAGAAACAGAGCAAUGGGAGACGUCAGCCACAGCGUACCGUCGCUACACGUACCUGCACCCCAACACGUUCGAGGCGUGGAACAACCUCGCCAAGGUGUACGUGCAGCAAGGGGACAAGCCGCGGGCGUAUCGCGCUCUCAUGGAGGCGCUGCGGUUCAACUAUGAUAACUGGAAGCUCUGGGAAAACGUGAUCCUCAUCAGCCUGGACACGGGCCACUUCGAGGACGUGCUGCGUGGGGUACACCGCCUGCUGGACCUGCGGGGGCAGUACGGGGACGCGCCCGUGCUGGGCCUGCUGGCGCGCGCCGUGCUAGAGGGGCAGGACGACGCCGAUGGACACUCUGCGGGGAGGUUGCGCAAGCGUCUGCUGGAGCUGUUCGGGCGCGUUACGUCGGUGCACCAGAACCGGCCCGACCUGUGGCAGAUUUACGCCGACCUCAGCCCCACGUACCUGUUGAAGGCGCAGAGACUGCUGAAGGCUUACAAAGGGUUCACACAGUCUGGAAACUGGUCAAACAACCCCGAGACAUGCAAGAAAGUGAUCGACCUGGCCUUAUCUCUCUUGGAUUACAGUCUCAAGGCUCGUCAAGAGUGCGAGGAGAAGGAGAUCCUUCAAGCGAACCAGCAGCUGUCAUCAGCCCGUUUGACAGGUCAAGCUGUCAUUAGAGCAGCAGAGAAGCAGGACUGGGAAGAAACUAAAACAGUCUUAGAUGAGCUAAGAAGUGAAUUUAAUAAGGUCACUGAAUAUAUGAAAUCGAUUAUGUAAAUAAGGUUUUUAUACCUAUAUUGAAUAUUUGUUGUUUUAUGUCGUUAAAAUAUUGACCAAUACACAUUGAUUUAAAAGUU